CGCGCGGGUGUGGCGUGCUGGUGAUUGAUGUAUAUUAGGCCUAAUGAAGCACAGGAAGAAUCACGUAUUGAUUGAAAAUGGACGGUCUACCUGCCGGCUUAAGAACAUGGUAGAAUGACUGACUAACUAAUGCGCGCGGCAACUUGGGAUCUCGGCGGUCUACAAAGGCGACACGCGUGCUGACGUCGAGUAUAUAAGAUGGGCUCCUCGGGGCCACAGGAACAUCUAUGAAAACAGAAUUGAACACCAUCCGCCAUCAAUCUUCUCCCUCUUGAACCAAAGAAACUGAGUACAGUCGUCGAGAUGAACGCAGCCAAGAAAGUUGCCGUCAUUGCGACAAGCACCCGCACCCCACGCAUCGGAACCAAGGUUGCCGACCUGGUUAAAGACUUCAUCGCCAAAGACGCCGCUGACAGCAACAUCGACUUGUCCCUCGUCGAGGUAGCCACCUUCAAGCUGCCAGUCUUUGACGAGGCAAUACUUCCUGCGCAGGUCCCUGCCCUCAGGAACUUUGCCCACGAACACAGCAAAGCCUGGAGCAGCGAGAUCGGCAAGCACGACGCCUACAUCAUCGUGGUCCCCGAGUACAACCGAGGGCUCGCCGGAAGCGCCAAGAACGCCAUCGACUACCUGUACAACGAGUGGACCGGCAAACCGAUUGCCGUCGUCAGCUACGGCAUCUUUGGCGGCAACGCGGCGUCGGAGCAGGCCGAGAAGACGCUCGAGGGCAUGAAGCUGCGCGUCGCACCCACCCGGCCAGCCCUCGCUUUCGCCGGCGGUCCUGGCCCGGACCUGAUGGCCGCCGCGGGUCAAGGGGAAAUCGGCGAAGAGACUCGGGAGAAGUGGGAGGCGGAGGCGGGGACGGUUUUGAAGGCGUUCGGGGAGUUGAAGGAGCUCCUUAACGCGCCGCCUGCUGUCGAAGCUGCACAGUGAGGCAAGUCCGGGUGGCAGAUCACACCAUACGAUGAACAACUGUUAGAUAGUGGCUUUACAUGAUAUUAUAACCGUUGGACUAGUAUGCUUAAAUGUAAGCCAGAACUGUCCUGGGACCUUGCCAGUCACCC